CCCGCCUUCGGAAGAGGAAGUAGCGGUGCGCGCGAGAGCCGGCAGUGACCCGGGCGACAGCGGUGACCGAGAGAAAGGAAGGUGGCGGCCGCGAGUCGCUGCCACUCCGGGCCAGAGUCGGCGGUUAGAAUCGGGGCCGGCAGCCCGGACAGAGUCAGAAUUGCCUGGAUUCACCACUGCGAUUCCCACCAUGGGUUUGUCCUCAUCUACCCCUGCUGUUGCAGUUCAGACCCCAAAUGCUUCAGAUCAUCAGACAGCAUCCUCGCGGACAGGAUGUCCAAUGCAUGAAGGGAAAAUGAAAGGCUGUCCAGAGAGUGCCCAGCCCUCUGACUCAACCUGCGGGAGCCAAACGAACUCUGUGCCCGCCCACCAGGAGCGCGCGUACGAAUACGUGAAGUGCCCCGUCACCGGCGCUAAGGCUGGGAAUAAGGAGAACCUAGAUCCUUCUAACCUGAUGCCGCCACCUAAUCAGACACCAGCCCCCGAUCAGCCGUUCGCACUAUCUACUGUGAGAGAGGAGUCGUCUAUUCCAAGGGCAGAUUCAGAUAAAAAGUGGGUUUAUCCUUCCGAACAGAUGUUCUGGAAUGCGAUGUUAAGGAAAGGGUGGAAGUGGAAGGAUGAGGACAUCAGUCAGAAAGACAUGUAUAAUAUCAUUAGAAUUCACAACCAGAAUAAUGAGCAGGCCUGGAGGGAGAUUUUGAAGUGGGAAGCCCUUCACGCCAAGGAGUGUCCUUGUGGUCCAUCACUGAUCCGAUUUGGAGGUAAAGCGAAAGAGUAUUCACCAAGGGCCAGAAUUCGUUCCUGGAUGGGGUACGAAUUGCCUUUCGACAGGCACGACUGGAUUGUCAACCGCUGUGGGACAGAAGUCAGAUACGUCAUCGACUACUACGAUGGCGGCGAGGUCAACCAGGACUACCAGUUCACCAUCCUGGACGUGCGGCCCGCUCUGGAUUCGCUCUCAGCCGUGUGGGACAGGAUGAAGGUUGCCUGGUGGCGCUGGACUUCCUAACCACUGCUUUGUUAGAGAUGGGAAAAUACCAACUUAUUUUUUUUUCUGAGCAAUACAUUAACUAUUUUCCCCCAACUGAAUAGCACUCAUGAUGUAGUAGGAAUGCCAAGUGGGUCAUCACACCUUGCAUCUCACUUAGCAAAGGAUACUCUGCACGUGCUCUUUUGAGUUCUGUUUUCACCUUGCAGUUUGCAGCAGAUCUUUUUUUCUUCCCAUCUAGGGACGAGGGAAGCACGCCCUUGGUUUUUCCUUUAACUGCGGUACUGCCUGUGUAUUUAGAAAAGUCUGAACCAGCUCUGAGAAAGAACUUUGCUUAAUGUGAAGAGCUGCUUUGUUCCUUCCUGUGUUCUCUUGAAUACUGACAUGUAGACCCGAAAGCCCAUGGAAUGCUCAGGAGCUUUUACCUGGUCAAAUAUUUUAAUUAAAAGUGUUCUGUUAGGCUUUUUAAAAAGUUACCAGCAUUUCUAAAGUCCUCACAACACAGCAGCGAGCCCUGAAGAAAAUGUAGGCGCACAAAGGAAAUGCACUCAGCCAAACUGUGGUGUGUCCAGGCUCUUCAAAUUCUCGCCGACGUGAGUUUUUCAGCCUGGCCCUUGUUAUAGAGUAGUUUCCACUCCCCCAGGACUUGAUGCACGUGCACUGGAAUAUGUUUUAACUUUUUAUAUAUUUUCAUUUUCAUCCCCGUUGUUCUGAGACGUAACUCAGCUCCCUGCAAGCAGGUCUCAUUGUCCCUGGCAUCUGACACCGUACCCUACCCUCGAGUCCCAUCCCUCCCCUGCCUGAGGCCUUCCCUCUAGUCAGCCUAACCUGAACCUUGAAGGUCUGGCUCAAGUCCCAUUGCUGGGGACAGUGCCUCUCAAACAUGACGAUGUUUUCUGGUUAGGCUUCACGAGAGAAUUUUCCCAGAUGUAGAAUGUGUGCACCAACUCACUGUCUUGAGUUCAGGUUUGUUUUUUAAGGGAGCUCUAAAUUAGCCUUUGAAAUUCUGUGCACCAGUAACCCAUAAACUGGUUGGUCCACUUACAGCAGCAUGUUAAAAAAAAUAACCAACAGUCAUUUAUAAGUGUUAAUAAUAUUAACUCCUUUCAUUUAUCCUGAGUAUUACAGGGCUAAAUUAGUAGAUGGACUUAAUCUGGAGUGAUUACUUUGGUAUGAAUUUCUUUGUUGUGUCUGUUUUGUGUGGAGUUUUAAGAAUCCAACAACCUUAAACUUCUACAUUUCAAAAUAUUUGUGUACUUUAAAAUAAAAUAAAGCUGAC